UAAUUUUUACGAUUUUUUAGUCAAUUUACAAAAUGUAUCUCUCAAAAUUUAUCGUUUAUCUAUUGAUAUUAGUGCAACACCACUUUCACAAUGCAGGUGCCGGUGGAUUCCAUAAGUCAAAGGAAAAUAAUAAUAUAAGUCAGAAUCACGGACGAUCAGCUAGGAAUUUCAACAAAUCCAGUGGGAUUACCAUAGGAACUGAGCCCCUGCUUCAAAGUGAUACUAUCGGAAAUAAGCAUAUUAAUAAGAAACAACGUCAAACUAGUCGCAGCUUAAACGGGAGCAACAUUAAUGAUGAUAAUGACUUCCGUUUUUUAGUAACCGGAGGCUAUCGUCCUAAGGAAAAUCAUUUCCUCAAAUUUAUCGUGUCAUUGAGGCUUAACAUAAAAACUGUGAUCUUCGGCUCCGAUCACUUCUGCGGUGGCUCUAUAAUAUCCAAGAAGGUCAUACUGACAGCAGCGCAUUGUUUGGUUUCUAGCCAAAGGCAAACAUCUGGCAAAGUAUUGAUAAUUGCUGGCACACCGCGACGAUUGGUAAAGACCGAAAAUACUCAAGAGAUAUUGGUGGAUAAAAUAGUACCUCAUCCAAAGUAUGACAUAAAUACUGCAGCUCAUGACAUUGGAAUUAUUAAGCUUAAGGAUGAGAUAAGUUUAAAUGAAGAUUUUGCUAGUAUUAUACCAUUAAUUGAUCGGGAUCCAACUGGACUACAGUGCAUAACCGUAGGAUGGGGUACAAUUAUAGUCGACGGACCAUUUCCCGAUGAGGCGGUCUGCGGUGAUUUAAUUGUUAAUACGGAAGCAUAUUGCUCGAAAGAGCAAGCAAAAAAUGGCAUGAUAUGCGCAACAGAUCCAGAUGACUAUGAAGUCGAUAGCUGUCAAGGUGACUCAGGUGGACCGUUGAUAUGCGACGACAAGUUGGUGGGUGUUGUUUCCCAUGGUGAAGGCUGUGGUGGACCAUAUUCGAAAGGGUACUAUACAAAUGUAUAUAAAUACCGCGAUUGGAUUGCCCGUAAUGCAGCAAGCAAUUGCAUGCUACCAAUAAUUACACCUGUGAUACUUGCCUUUAUUUUUAAAAGAUGUAUAUAAAAGAGGCAUUGGCAAAUG